AUGCCUCGUGUUAAACCAAAAGUUCGCCAAAAAACCGACAUACUCUACGACAAAUUUCGUGAACGUUUAGAGCAAAAAACACUUUUUUGUUUUCCUAUUUAUCGUCAUAGUCAACAAUCAUUACGAUCUAUUCAUCAAUUUUUAGUACGUCACGGCUUUGUAUGGAACCGUACGUUAAUUGAUAUGUUAAAACGUUCAUUGUCAAAUUCAUUAAUACACGCAUUCAACUAUGAAAUAUUACAACAAACACAUCAUACAGACAGCAAUACUACCGUGAAUCUAAAACAACCACAACCACUACACCAUUAUUCAUUACUACCAUCACAGGUUGAUUUAAGAAUUCAAUUAACACACGUUAACGCAUUACCAGCAAGAACGGAACGUGGUCUAUUUAUUGUUUUAGAAAUAGGACGUAUAGAUGAAGAUGUACGUUAUAGUAUUGUGUCAUUAUUAGGAAAACAAACACCGUCAUACGACAUUGUACUAAGUCGCGGUUCAAACUUACCCAAACAUAUACGAGAAAGUGAUGGAGAAAUAUUAUUUGAUCAUUUAGCAUCGGGUCUAAAUGACUUUUUGUUACAAAUACCGACGAACGAACAAAUUCCGAUGAGUUUACAAAUGGGUCUGUUAUUUCAUUUUCCCAUAACACAAUUAGAACUCGAUCAUGCUGAAUUGCGAUCAUGGUCUGGUCGAUUUAAUUGCCCCGACAUUAUUGGUCGAGAUAUUGUACAAUGUUUGCGAACAUCCAUUGAAAAAUACGUUCAAAAUUAUCAAAUAAAUAUCACAGCAUGUAUCAAUGAAAGUGUAGCGGCACUCAUUUCUGUUGCUGUUGAAAAUCCCAAUACAUUAAUAUCAUUAGUUUUUGAACGAUUUUUUUCCGUUUCAUUUGCUGAAGAUGUUGAAAUAUUAAAAAUUAAAAAAAUUUUAACACAAACACAAUCUCGAGCAUUAUAUAGAACUGUUAUAUCGAUUGAUUUUGAUGAACUAAGACCUGGUACUUUGCAAACUAGUGAUGCUCUUUAUCAAAGUAUAUUAACAAGUUACGACAUAUACAUUAUGAGACAAUUUAACGUUAACUACAUUGAAGUAUUGACAGUUGAUUCGUGUUUAUUAGAAAUGAUACGUUUAAUUAUAUUAGAAUCAUGUAUUAGAGGAUAUUUAUUGAAAUUUCAUAUUUGGUCUGUUUCAAAAUUAAACAGCAUUGGUUGCAUUAGUGUAGAAUUUAUUCGUUAUUUGCUAAUGGAUUCCUCGAAACACUUAAAACCAUUAUUGAAACAGAUAGGUAUUAGUCAUGUAUCAAAACUGAAUUUAAUUUUAAUGGAAUACAUUUGUCAUGUGAUCAUUCGACGUGCUAGUCAAGUAUUAUCGUGCAUGACCGUCAGUUUAUCUGAUAGAGCCAAGGAAGAAGACAUCACAAUUGCUAUAGACAGUACAGUUUAUCGUUCAUGUCCUGUAUUUCGCGUCUAUAUGCAGUACGAAACUGAAGGUCUUUGCAAUAAAUGGGUAACAAGACAUCGUUUUAUAACGGCAACAGACAAAUGUUAUUUGGGUCCGGCAGCUGUUAUGGGUUUACAAAAAACGCAAAAAGCGUUGAUGAUUCGAGAUGAAAUAUCACGAAAUUAUAUGAUAAAAAGAAUUCGAUCAAGACGACGAUUAAAAACAAAUAGUAGGACGCAUAGAACAGAAUUACGUUAUAUAAAAGUUGAACAGCUACGACAGACACGUUCACAAAAGCAUAUAUGA